AUGGACCACCGGCGUAAGACCCAAGCAAUCGACUAUUUUGACGCAGAAGAGAGUGGAAAUGAGAAUGAAGAACCUUCAACUAUUGAUGAUGAUGACCAAGUAGAUCCGUUGGACGCUUUCAUGCAGGGAAUUGAUGCCCAAGUGAAGCAACAACGUACAGCACCGCCUAAACAAGUGGUUGAUAAGCCUCAAGUGUUGAAUUUUGACGACGACGAUGCUGAUAGUUAUCUUGAAAAAUACGCCAGGAAUACCAAGAUACCUCAAGUGCAUUUGGAAGACUCGGAUGAAGAAGUUUAUGCCACUGCAAAGCAACUGGAAAAUGUUGAAAAUGGUGAAGAUUUGGAGAAGAAAGUGAUGGAAGUUUUGACUCCAAUUGACCAUUCUACGGUCCAGUACGAACCGUUUCGGAAAACAUUUUACACGCUGCACAAUGAAACAGCAGCUCUUACUGAGCACCAAGUGGCCAAAAUUCGAGCAGAAUUGAGUGUAAAAGUACAUGGAGCUGACGUACCAGCUCCUGUGAGGUCUUUUAUGCAUCUCGGUUUCGACCGAAAAAUGCUCCAGAUGCUCAUGAAACUCGGACUGGAAGCUCCGACAGCGAUACAGGCGCAAGCUUUUCCAGUGGCUCUUUCGGGGCGAGAUCUAAUUGGAAUUGCCAAGACGGGGUCAGGAAAAACAUUGGCGUUCACGCUUCCGAUGAUUCGUCAUGUGAUGGACCAAAGGGAGUUGAAGAGAGGUGAAGGACCGAUUGCGGUCGUGCUAGCACCUACAAGAGAACUUGCACACCAGACGUACAUCCAAGCGAAGAAGUUUUUGGCAGUCUAUGGGGCUUCGUGUGCAGCGAUUUACGGUGGAGCUGGCAAGUGGGAACAGGUUCAAGCACUGAACAAAGGUGUUGAAGUCGUUGUUGCAACUCCAGGGAGACUUAUUGAAAUGAUCCGGAAGAAAACGGCUCCUAUGAAUCGCGUGACCUUUGUGGUUCUUGAUGAAGCCGAUCGCAUGUUUGAAAUGGGAUUCGAGCCUCAGUUACGCUCGAUCAUGGGGCAAGUACGCCCAGAUCGCCAAACACUUAUGUUUUCAGCUACUUUCCGUAGUAGAAUUGAGUCUCUCGGGCUUGAUGUGCUUACAAACCCAAUAAAGCUGACAAUUGGCCAGAUCGGCCAAGCUAACGAAGAUAUUCGCCAGAUUGCUGUAGUACUGCCGGGGCAUGGGGCAAAAUGGCCUUGGCUAAUGGCACGGAUGCGCACUUUAGUUGACGAAGGUCGGUUGCUCAUCUUUGCCGGAAGCAAGGCUGGUUGUGAGGAGCUGGCGAAAAACUUGGCCGUCGCUUUUCCUGCGGCACCCGCGCUCUGUUUGCAUGGUGACAAAACGCAACAGGAACGAACACAAGCGUUAGCAAAAUUCAAACAGGGGGAAUGUCGUGUUCUUGUCGCUACUGAUGUCGCUGCCCGUGGGCUGGAUGUGAAGGAUGUGAAAAAUGUGGUAAAUUUUGAUGUGGCCAAAAAUAUCGAUACUCAUGUGCAUCGCAUUGGCCGAACGGGACGAAUGGGGCUGGAAGGGUUCAAGCCUGGUACUGCGUAUACGCUGGUUACCCGUAACGAGGCACAAUUUGCUGCCCAACUAGUGUAUAACAUGGAUGUUUCAGGACAGACAGUAUCAUCGGAGCUGCUUGCUUUAGCUAAACGGGACGCACGCUUUCAUCGCGGUAGAGCUGCAGCUGGCAGUGCCAAUGGUGCAGAAGGCGGGCAGCGUGUCAUUCCAAACCAACAGCACACAGGAACUCACGACGGAGACAAAAAUCGUGCUAUCGAUGCGGAGGAUGCUGUAGAGUUGGAUCGCUGGAACGAUAGUCGCCGAAAGAGCAAGUCUGACCAACGCAAAGGUUUGGGUUUCGCAGGUACUGGGAAUAUCAAAGCUGCAGGGGUGAAGCCAGUUGGAAUGAGCGGAUUCGUUAAGGCGUCAGCACCCGCGACAUCGUUGGCUACUGCUUUUCGUUCAGGCUUUGUGAAAUCGACAUUGAGAACCGAUACUGUAAAACAGCCUUCGCCACCCAACGUUUCAUUUGUAAGCUCUCAAGCCGCACCUCUACCGCCAGUAUCGAUCCCAUCGGCUCCAAUGAACAAAUCGAGUCCAAUCACUGCGCCGCCAUUACAACAAAGCACGCAAUUCGCGGGAAGCGACUUAUCAAGCAACAAUGUACCGUUAGUUCCUCCGCUGUUCCCGCCAGCUAUGGUCGUGCCACCCGAUGACACGAAGCAGGUCAAGGUCAAACAGUCGAUAUCGCCGACGUUCCCGUUCAAGCUCACCGAGAACUUAUCGCAGAAGCUGUGGGAGAUCACCUUCCUACGAUCGCCGUCGUCGGCGAAGAAACAGCUUCGACAAGAGCCGCAGUCGCAGCCUGUGUCGGAGACGAAGUCGGGGUUCGAGUAG